AUGCAUGUUUGGUCCUUUGAAAUAGGUCUUUUGGAGCAUUCUGGAGCAUAUGGGACACAAGGAGCAUGGAGGGACUUGGCACAUGGAAGCAGCUCAACUGGAUACGCAAAGGAAGAAGGGAGAAGCCAUCUUGAAGACCAGCUCGACCGUCACUCGACCAACCGGUCGAGUUCCUCAACUCGACCGGCCAAGCUUCAACUCGAUCGAGCUGGGGAGUCAAAGUCAAACCCGAAAAAUGUUGCUUCCCCCUUGACUUCCUUUGACCCUAAACCUAAUCCUCUUUGUAUUUAA